CGCGCGUCAAGGCGGAGAAGGGCCCCACCGCAGAGACAGGGACAGAGACGGAGCCGCUCCGCAGGAUCCUGGUGACCCUCUCUGGCUCCCUCAUUCAAAAUAUAGAGACAAUGCACAGCUUUUUACUAAGCAAGGAUCUGUAUUGAUUUCCAUGUUGCAAGUGUCUUACCAUUAUACACACACCCGUUAUAUACGUCGAGGCUCAUAACUUCAUAUAAAGUCUGAAGGCAUAGCACCUGGACACUGCAGUGCUUGUCUUAUGAAAAAGAGCCACAAAGUCCUUAAACAUGGCCACCGCCGGCACCAUGGAAGUGGCGGACAUCACCAUCGUGGCAAUCUACUUCGUCCUGGUGCUAGCGAUCGGCUUCCUCGCCAUGUGGAAAGCCAAUCGGAGCACGGUCAGCGGCUACUUCCUCGCUGGACGCUCCAUGAACUGGGCGGCUGUCGGAGCCUCUCUGUUUGUCAGCAACAUAGGAAGUGAACACUUCAUUGGAUUAGCUGGAUCAGGCGCUGCUAGUGGCUUAAGUGUGGCUGCAUGGGAAUUAAAUGCAUUAUUAUUGCUUCAGUUGUUAGGCUGGAUUUUUAUCCCUGUGUAUAUUCAGUCCGGUGUCUACACCAUGCCAGAGUACCUGUCCAAGCGGUACGGCGGGAGGCGACUGAAGGUGUAUUUUGCUGCGUUGUCUCUCGUCCUGUAUAUUUUCACCAAGCUGUCCGUGGACCUCUAUUCCGGAGCCUUGUUCAUUCAGGAGUCCCUUGGUUGGAACCUCUAUCUGUCAAUCAUCCUCCUCAUUGCGAUGACAGCUUUGCUGACAGUUACUGGAGGUCUGGUCGCAGUCAUCUACACUGAUACGGUCCAGGCCUUCCUCAUGAUUACCGGAGCCCUUUGUCUUACAGGCAUCAGCCUCUCUAAAGUGGGAGGACUUGAAGGUGUUUGGACCAAGUACAUGCAGGCUUAUCCAAACGUCACUGCCGUCUUGCUGUCUUCCCCCAACCUGAACUUUUCUGAAUCCUGCCGCCGCCACCUAAACCCAAAGCCAGAUUCUCUGAAGAUACUUCGAGGUCCAGGGGAUCCAGACCUGCCUUGGCCCGGUUUCUUACUGGGCCAGACUCCUGCCUCUAUCUGGUACUGGUGUGCAGAUCAAGUGAUUGUACAGCGGGUUCUGGCAGCAAAGAACAUUGCCCAUGCCAAAGGUUCUACUCUCAUGGCUGGCAUUUUGAAAAUCCUCCCCAUGUUCAUCAUUGUCAUCCCAGGGAUGAUUUCCAGGAUCCUCUUUGCUGAUGAGCUGGCGUGUAUCAGCCCAGAACACUGCCUGGAGGUGUGCAAUUCUGCAGCCGGCUGUAGCAACGUGGCUUACCCACGGCUCGUCAUGUCCGUGAUGCCCAUCGGCCUUCGCGGGCUCAUGAUGGCUGUUAUGAUCGCAGCGCUGAUGAGUGAUUUGGACUCCAUUUUCAACUCAGCGAGCACCAUAUUCACGCUGGAUAUUUACAAGAUGCUUCGGAAGGAGGUGUCGUCCAGGGAGCUGGUGAUCGUCGGCAGGUUGUUUGUGGUUUUCAUGGUGGUCAUCAGCAUCGCCUGGGUGCCAGUCAUCAUCGAGAUGCAGGGGGGCCAGAUGUUUUAUUACAUCCAAGAAGUAUCAGAUUACCUGACUCCCCCAAUAGCUGCACUCUUCUUGCUUGGCGUCCUGUGGCGCCGCUGCAAUGAGACGGGUGCCUUUUGGGGUGGGAUGGUUGGGUUCACCCUUGGAACGUUGCGUCUCGUUUUGGCGUUUGUUUACCGCGAGCCUCACUGCAGCCAGCCUGACGAGAGGCCGUCUUUCAUCAAAGAUGUUCAUUUCAUGUAUGUUGCCGUGGUCUUGUUUUGGGUGACGGCUUUGGUGGCAGUGGUUGUGAGCCUCUGCACUCUUCCACCCGGAAGAGAGCAAAUCAGAACCACGACUCUGUGGGGGCUACACAAGAGAAAGAGGCUAGAACAGCAAGAAAAAGAGAAAACUGGAGGAGACGGAACAGCGCUGAAGCCUCUAAACCAUUCAGUCCUAAAUGGAAAUAGUUUGCUUGGUAAAGAUGAGUGUCUAGACCACCCAGACAAGCGUAAUGACAUUGAGGCCAAUCGUGAAAAUGCUCCACCAAGCAAUGGUCACGUGAUCACCACCAGUGGCAUAAAAACUCAUGGUCCAAACCAGAAUGGUUGCCACUCACCAAUUUCUGACCUUGAAAUGGUGCAAGAGGGGGAAGGAGUGAGGGAUGGGGAGGAGGAAGAGGAGGGCUGCUUUGGUGGAGGAGGAGGAGGAGGAGGAGGAGGAGGAGUGGAGAGUGGGUGGUGUAUGAAAGCUUUAGUGUGGUUGUGUGGCUUCCAGGACAAGCCAUCCAAAGCUCAGGCCAUCACCCUCGAGGAACAGGAGAAGGUUAUGGAUGAGCUUCUCCAUGAACCUCCACGAACCAGAAUCAUCCUGAACAUAGGACUGGUGGUUAUUAGCUCUGUCGCCAUCUUCAUCUUUAUCUAUUUCUCCUUAUAGGCUUGGUAAAUCCCAAGCAGUUGGCCAUAUGUGUCCAUGACCCACAAGCAUGAGCGGUCUGUAGGUGAGAUUCCAUUAGUUUUUUUCCUCUAAACUUUUAUUGUAAAAAGUGUAUGUUGAAAAGGAAAACAGCUGUUUUCUCUAUAAUGCAUUGUCAAAUUGCAAAUGACCAAGUUUUAAAAAAGGCCAUUUCUGUGAACUGUAAAGGGUUCUGUUAUCCCCUUAAAAAUAUUUUUUUUAAUAGAACAAAAAAGUACUUUUUAUAUCCUGAAAUAUAUUUUAUAUACUGUGUGCUGAUAACCUGGAGGUGAUUUAUUAUUUGGUCUGGACUUGUAUUUUAUGCUACUGAUCACAGUAAUAGUGUGUCUCUAUUACUCUGGUUUUCCUGUCAUACACAUUGCCACUUUUCACUUCGAUCAGGCAGGUGACGCUACUCUACAGGCUUCAAAAUGGUAUAGAAUUUAGCAUUUAUAGUACAGGCAUCCCCCCCCCCCCCGUUACCCUACAAGCUGUUGCGGAGCUUCUCACCUCUGGCCGAGUGAAGAGUAGAAAGAAAGUGGGUAGAAGACAGUAAGUCUCCUGCCAUUGAUAGAUUGAAGGCCAUCCUACGAGUUUACACAAACAGACAAAAAGACCAUGAGGGAUAUAAACUAAUAGAGCAGAUGUCACCAUGCCCUCACCCUUACUUUAUCGGGCCUAAUGUUUAUACAGGAUACCUACGACAUCCUACCUUAUGAAGACAGAGUGUCCUAGACGUUUUAUAUUGUUCCCUCACACAAACAACCUCAUUCUUUGAGAGGAUAUCUGUGGUGAAGGUAGUCUUAAACUACAUUAGGCAUUAGUCUUAUGAUCAGUUUAACUGGAUCAUACGUUCGGAAGAAUUAAAUGAAAUUAUUGUGUUGAUUAAUUACAUACACAUUUCCCCCCACAAACCCCUAUCUGCUGUGGUUGAACAAUCCCUUGAUCUAUAGUAAUAAUCAGUGCCGUAGCUCAGGUUGUCCAUUAAUAAGAGGGUCGUGGUUUGAUCCCCAGCUACUCUUUCAAAGUGUCCUUGGGCAGAAACUGAACCCCAAAUAUCUCCACAAGGCUGCUCAAUCGACUUGUGCGUGUGUGUGUGUGUUGGGGGUGCUUUAGUUUUCCUCUGUAAUGCUCCUGAUGAGCAGGAUGGCACCAGGCAGGGUUUGAAUGCGUGUGUGAAUGUGACAAGUGUUGGUAAGCGCUUUUUUUUACAGCUCAAGAUUGGCUAGCAAGCAGCUGGUAUGAUUUAAGUCUAGAUUACUUCUUCAUGUCAUCCAGGAUUUGUUUUGUUUUUCUUUUACAUUUCAGACACCACAUUUGAAUUUAAGCAAUAUUUUUUCUCAAAAUACAAUAAGUGCAACUUUUUAAUAAUAAUAAUUUGCACUACAUGCUCUCUAGAAAUUCUCUUUUUAUGUGUGCAAAAACGAACAGCAGUAUUUUGCCUUUAGCCUACACAACAACAACAAAAUUUUGUCGCCUGCAAUUAAUUAAAGAGAUUCAUAAAUGUGUGCCAUUUGGAACUUAUGCCUAAUCCUUCAUGCUGACACCAAAAUCUGAUAAACUAGGAAGAAUAUCCAGUAUAAAUAGUAUACAACCUAAGUGUCUCCUCACAUCUCAUCCAAUGUAACUGAAUAUUGAUUUAGUACUAUUUGGGUAAUGCACCUUAUUCAUUUCAUACCCAGCUAUCCAUUUUGCCAGUGACAUGUAUUAUUAGUAAUGAUGGAAUUUGCAGUCUCGGCCUAAUGUCUAUCUGAGUUCAGCGCACCGUCGCAACCUUGAAUAUAUUUUGUAAAACUCAUAUAAAAUAUUAUAUAAAAAACACUGUGUUGAACAAAUAGGGACAUUUUGGCACAUAAAUGCAGUCUGGGCAAUUUGCGCACAGUGUGCAGUGUUACCAUCAUGGAUCUAAUAAGUGUGCAGUUCUCAUUUGACUGAAUCAAUCUGCACCAUCUUUGGAUCCUGUAUGUAGUUAGAUUAUUUCAAACCUUUAUUUAAACCUUUGAGGUUGCCACCAUUUACAAUAAUGUGGAGUCAUAGACUUAUGAUUGGCACAAAUAGCAUACAGAUAUUUUUUGAUGAAGUCAUAGUGGUCAUUCAGGUGUGACAUAUGAUGUCCUUUUUUUGUACAGCGAUGAAAAUAUAUUCUUGAAUUGCCCUUAUUGGCGUGUUUUCACUGUAUUGAUUAAUUGAAUUUUACUGUGACUGUGCCUUAUUGUUUGACUGGAAUGUUGUGUGUUUGUUUUGUCUUCUUAGUGUUCUACAUUUGAAAGUCAUUUUCAACACACCAGGUAGUGCACAAACAAACACAUGUUCUUUUUAUUGACACAGUAAUGAAUUAUGGUGUCAAUUUGUACAGACUGAUAUCAAGCCUGAUAUCAGGAGUCUUUGAUCCAAUGAAAUAUAAUGACACUAUUGUAAUGUUUUAACACCGUGUAAAAAAAAAAAAAGAAAUGAAGCUUAGAAUCCAUUCCAUGCCAGAAGAACUGAUUUAGUCAAGCCAGAUACGUGACUGAUAUGUCUCAAUGUGGCUUUCGUGAGGAUUCUGUCAGCAGUAAAGAGAAGUGCUGGUUCUACGUUGUCUUCACACAUCUGACACACAAUAAAAAGAAGAUGAA